AUGCAGGACGGGCUUAACAAGCUGAUGUCCUUGCUUGGCCCUGAGCACCUUGUGGCGCAAGGUCCUGAGGCGAUCGGUGCGCGUCUAGAGGAGUUUUCAAAUUACGAAAACGCGCUGCUAGAGCGCCUGCAGCAGAAGAUGUCUGCCUCAUUUGCGUCUAUGACGCCACCGUCGGUGACGGAUAAUUUUCCUCGCCCAAAGCCGCUCAUGGUGAGCGUUAAGGUCUUUGAGGGGAAGGAUGGAGAGAUUUUCCCGCUCUGGGUGAGAGAGAUUGAGAUGGCCAUCGCAUCCGCCAUGCACCAGACCGAGCGACAGCGCGUUGUGCUUGCCAUCUCAAAGAUCGCUGGUCGAGCGUGA